AAAUCUUUUGCAUGUGAUCGGUGUGACCAGUGCUUUAGUCGAUUACAUCAUCUCCAAGAGCAUAAAAAAAAAGUUCAUGCUUGUGAAAGGCCUUUUGCCUGUAAUGUCUGUGACAUGAAGUUUACAAUGGAAAGAGAUCUCUUUGUGCAUGGAAAGGUGCAUUUGGGAGAGAAAAUCGUCUCUUGUGAUGAUUGUGGAAAGUUGUUUACUCGGCCUGGGGAUCUUCGCAAACACAUGAGAAUACAUACAGGAGAGAAACCUUAUCAGUGCAAUCAUUGUGGCAAGUGCUUCUGUGAAAGCGGAAACCUCAAACAACAUUUGAGAAAACACACAGGAGAAAAGCCUUUUGUCUGUGAACAGUGUGGCAGAUGUUUCAGUCAACUUGGAAAUCUUUAUGCUCACAGGAAUCGACAUACUAAAGCAUGCAAGAGUAUGCCAAAUGGUCCCAAUCAAAGUGUUACCCCACAGGUAAAACAAGAGCCUUACAGCUGCAAUUUGUGUGAUGAAACCUUUAGUAUGGCUAAAGAUCUUUGGAUACACAAAAGGACUCAUCAAGGAGAAAAACCCUUUUCCUGUAAUUACUGUGGGAAGUUGUUUCAAAAGGCGUGGAAUUUAAUGAAGCAUACAAGGACACAUACAGGAGAAAAACCUCAUAAAUGUGAUUAUUGCGGCAAAUGUUUCAGCGAAAAAGGUAACCUUAAGCAGCAUAUAAGAACGCAUGAUGGAGAAAAGCCUUUUACCUGUGAUCUUUGUGGUAAGGGCUUUAGUCAGCCAGGUAGUCGUAACACUCACAGAAAAAGACACACA